AUGCGCAUUAAACUAGAUGUUGAGUUACAGGAGGUGGAUAUGAGAAAUCUUGCUCAUGUCCAGCAGGUGUUAAAUUCAUUUCCAGAAGGUGUCGAAACACAUUUGGUCACAGACAAAGAAGCCCUUGCACGUUUGGUUAAUAAUGCAUUGACGAAACGAAACUUUGAACCAAUUAUUCGAGAAUUUACGGAAAGACUUUGCCACAAUAAAUUAUAUGAGGAUACCCUAGAUGUGCUUUGUGGGGCUAUUUUUAGCUCUCAACGAGUGGAGAGGGGAGAUCCACUUGAUGGGUUUAUUGCCCUUUUAUCACAGCUUCCAGAGGCUACACAGGCGACUGCUAAAAGGGAUAUUGUUCAACGUGCCAUGACUUUUCUUUCCACUCCACGACGUCUUGACUGCAGUAGAAUUACUCUUUUACCUUAUGCUGAAGUCAUUGCUGCCCUUACCAAAGCAGAAAUGUUAAAUGUUCGAAGUGUGGUUGUUGCUUUAAUGCAAAUGAUUCGCCUUGACAUUACCAGAAGUGCUGGAAUAACAUGUUUAGGAAAGAUGGUAGAAGUUGCCCAUGAAUUGCUCUUGGAGCGUUUAGAUCAGCAUACUUUGGAUACAUUGCGUUCUACUGUGGCCUUUGCUCAACAAGAUGACACUUUUUUAUAUGAUGUUGAGUAUAUCAUGGAACCAUUUGGAUGGAGCCAAUCACAAAAAUUUAUUAAUUUCGCUGUUCGACGUUCUGGGGCUCAUCACAGUUCCGCCAUUUUGGCCUUGGCGUACGGUGGAAGUACAAGUUCACGUGAGGCGGUAGUCACAUCUUCUGUGGAUGGAACUAUUGGUACAUGGGAUCAAUAUGGUGUUCUUGCAGAGAAUCUUGUUCUCUCACGUCACUAUGCUUCAUCUAUGGAUCUUGCAAAUCGUGGCCGUACUCUCAUUGUAGGCACAGUUGGAAGAAAUCCCACCGUGGCACCAGCCAUUGUUCUCUAUUCAGCGGAUUCUCCCUAUAAUGAAGAAUCAAAUUGGCAAGAAAGCUGUGGAGCUGAACCUCGGGGAGCUCGUUUUAUUACAACUGUUCGAAGUCUAAGAAGUGCAGGAACGUUACGUUACUGUUGUGGGGUAACAACUAAUACAUCCAAUACGAUGAUACUUUAUGACGCUACACAAGUUAUUCAAGAAUAUAAUGAUCACAAUGAUAUUAUAUCUGCAAUGCAUGUAAUUCCAGACAGAGAUAAUACUGUUGUUACAGGAUCAAGAGAUUGUUCAGUUAUGGUUUAUGAUCUUCGUAUUCCACAAAACGCCACAACUACUUCUGCUCAUCGUCAUUAUAGUACUGUUACAUCUAUUGGAAGCUGUGGUGAUUGUCUUUUUACCAGUGGUCUUGAUCGACGUGUCGUAGUACAUGAUCUCCGUAUGAUGGGUCAAGGAAUGGCUACAAGGGAGUUAGAUAGUGCUGUUCUAAGUCUAUCUGUGAAUCCUAAUAUGGUAUGUGCUGCUUCUACAAUGACAGGUAUUCAUCUUAUAAACUUUGCCAACAAUGCGAUGCCAACUUGCAGAGCAGAUGGAGGCCGAAUGAGUCCUCGGUACAAUGCAAUCGCUUGGAAUGCCCAGGGUGAUGUUCUGUAUGCAGGUGGAGAUAGUAACACUCUGGAUAUGUUUACUAGGAGUUAUCCUGAUGCAGAAACGUAUGCAAGUUAA